CGACUUGAUAAGGCGGUGCAUUCAUGCCAGGAGUAUUAUUGUUGACCAAAUGGAGUUUGGCCUGACCUGGAGAACCUCAUUAGCAGGAGAUUUGCUGAGUUUAAUGCACGUUAAUCCGCACUGAGCAGAUCUGAUUUAUUCAGAGAAGCAGCACAGGGAAAGGCAGCCGUCAUGGUCGACGUCUUUGCUGAUCGGACGUUGAUACAGAACAACAGGGACCGAGAUGAGUUGGACACAGAGCAGCAGGUUGUCCGCAAACUGCGGAACAAGGUGCUGCUCCUGUACUUUGGCUCCGGCUCAUGCCCAAAGUGCCAGUGCUUCUCUCUGCUGCUGAAGGAUUUCACCACUCGCCUCCUGGAUGAGUAUUAUGUGGAACGGGCCGCCCAGCUGGCCCUGCUGUACGUCUCACAGGACCAGACGGAGGAGCAGGAGAGGAAAUUCCUGAAGACGAUGCCCUGGAGAUGGCUGACGCUGCCCUUCACAGACAGCUUCAAAAGUGAGCUGCUGAGCAGAUACGCCAUCACAGAGUCUCCCACUGUGAUUGUUGUGAGGCCGGACGGGGAGGUGAUCACGAGGGAGGGGGUGGCGGAGAUCACCACCAGGGGAGUCGAUUGUUUUACAAACUGGUGGAGAGCGUCGGAUAUCAUCGACAGGAACUUCCUACUGCCCGAAGACUUUGAGCCGUUGACCUUGAAGAGUCUGACCCACGGCAUCAGGAAACUGAAAUACAAGAUUGAAAAGAGGAAUGAAGACGAGGGGGAUUCUGAUCAGGAGUGAAGUAACAACCGUACCCGACACGGGGUCCUGUA